AUGAUUCUGCUCGAUUGGUUCUUUUUUAUGCCGAUCGAUCGAUUAAUGCCUAACAUUAAUCACAGGGCGCAAGACCCGGGGAAGCGAAUUAGAAUAGGAAGGAAGACGACUUGUUCCGCAGCCGUCCGUAGAUAUAUGAUAAACGAAAUGGAACUAUAUAAGGUGGCGCGGUGGCAUGCACUCCGUGGUAGAAUUAUGGUGCAAGCUGCGAGUCGCGCGUUCGAUGUGCUUGUGCUGACCGCACUCCUGACGCUGCUGUUCGUCGAUCAAGUGUCUUCUAGGCUGUGCAAUGGGGGGCAUGUCUGCUCUCCUCCAAAAGACUGUUGUUCCUUUGGCUGUUGUUACAGUGUAUUCCAAGUGCACUCUACAUCAGACAUGUUUAAUUUCUUGAUUUGGACUUAUUGGUACUUAUGGGCAGCGGUACUUAUAGGGUUGGCUAUAGCAGCAGCAUGCGGUUGCUGGCUAUGGAGACGCAACCGCUCGGUCAUGGUGGAAGACUGUGCCUCUUCGGAUAGAGCUUCCACAGGACCAUGGUACCCACCGCCGCAUUAUAGUCACUGUAGUUCCUUCGUUCAAGCAUUGCCGCCACCCUACAACGAGGUUACAGCCAAGCCGGAUUUGUAUCCAUUGGUGAUCGGAUACGACGAGGGAUCGGGCAAAGGAACAUCAGGAUUUGUGAUGCGUUACUUCAGAUCACUGUCACACGCGAGCACACUGGACUCCCUGAGCUCCAGUUUCAUGUGCAAUAUGGUAAACGAAGCAAAUACCAUAAUUCCACCACCGUACUCCUGUAACAAUAGCGUCGAUGAGCUAUCCGCAGUGGAAUGCGAGAGGAUGGAAAACAUGGAUGUUGGUUCCGUUGUUUCGUUGGCUAAUCAUAGGACAACGUCUGACAUAUCGAGUUUAGCUGCUCAAUCUCCGUGUUCACCACCACGGGCUACUAGUCCAACGAUAGAGUUACGUGAACUGUUAGACAAAAUUCAACAGCUACCACAGCUACCCAGUGGGCAUAGCACCGUUUUGCCUUGUUAUCAAAAUCGACCUCAAGUUCUGUGUACGACGAAUGCAAACGGCUCUACGCAACGGCCUCUAAGUCCAGGUGACGUUGUCGGAUCAUACAAAGCCAGAAGAACACGAGGGAAAAUGUACAUGCCGUUAGGCCAUCCGGGUUCAAAAAACAAAACAAAACGAUGGUUGUCGCGUUCGGCGCCGACAACGCCAUCGGGCACGAUACCAAUGUCCUUCUUGCCCGGGCAAAGUAGGCGACCUUCUGAAGCGGAUGGCAACAAUCAGCAGGUAGUUCCGUUACUCUCGGAACAAGACGAGACGGAGAACAAUACCGUCGAUCAUAUGAACGGCAUCCCGCCGCUGUCCGAGCAAGAAGAAGACCGGCAACAAACAUGACGAAUCGUCUAAGUAUUUUUUAAAUAUUAAGAACUCGAUUCCAGAUAUCGUCGUACCGAGUAAUCUGUAUAUUUUUUAACGUGGCUGGUAAAACUCCUCGUCGCAGUUUUAAGCGAACCGUUACCGUGUAUAAAGUUUGGCAAUUGAUUUCGUCCGGAAACAAAUACCGCCAGUGCUCCUAGAAAAGAGAAACUUGUUCAAUGCUGUGACCUAAUUUACGUUUGUCCGACAUCCGCAGCCAAACGCCGUAGUAAAUUUUCUUUUUUCUAGCGAGUCUUCUGAACCGAACCGUUACGCGAUAGUAUGAUAAACGAUAACGUACACCUUAAGCUCUAUGGAAUAGCUUGCAGUUAACUUACAAACUGACAAACACACACAUACAUACAUACACACACACACACAUACACACGAAACGUUACGAUAAUAGAUUUUACGUAGACGAUACCGAAGCUCCGCUUUUUGAACUCACAACCAAACUGUGUAUUUGAUACAUCGAAUUGAAUUUUUUGCGUAACUCGAACGAAACGUAAACCAUAAGUUAAGGGAAACGAAACCUUAGUUGUUGCAUCGAUAAGUUUUAAUCGUACACAGUAAUACAGUGUCCAUCCAAAAGCAGCCAGCCAGAGAGAAGUUAAGGACAAUAUACGAAUAUAAAAAAAGUAGCGCUGUGUCCGAGCGUGAAUGAAACAGCGAUACGCGAGAAGAGAAGCACGAUUUCACGCGUCAACGUACAAUAUCAAUUCCGUCAAGCGGUAGAGGAGAAAAGGAUUCGUUGUAAACGAAUACUUAAACGCAAGCACAACGAUUGCAGCGUCGUUAUAGGUAAUUUUAAUUCGAACGACGCGAAGAAUCUAAUACGUACGGAGAAAACGAUCGAUAUAGGGCGCCGAGGUGAAGCGAUAAAUCUACGGUGUCAUCGCGAUGAUCCCCCCCAUUCAUAAUCAUAGAAUUUACCAAACAUUUGUUACAACUAAUCACAGACUUUAUUCUUUAAGACGUAACGAGAAGCAGUCACUUUAAAACUGUACCACGUCAUUCACGUACACACCAUGUAUUAACGUGUAUUUUUUUAUAAAUCAGAUAACAAAUAAAAAGUCCAAGCUUUUACUUGAUCGUUCCACCUGUUACCGUAUA